AUGGCGACUGUCGCUGGAAGCAGAGAUGGCGAAUCGAGACACCUCGGCGGAUUCUUUUCGCGGUUUCAACAUCUUCCGCCCUUUGAAAAUUGUUUCCGAUACCACGAAAAAAGCGACCCUGUUUUGUCGACGCUUCAAUUCUCCAUCGUAGGAUUCGUCUCAGGCUGUAUCUUCGGCGCGAUCUCGUUCGAGUUUCUCCUCAGCUCCCCCGCCCUUGUCAACGAGGGCUGCGUCCUCCGAGACCUCGCAAAGAGACAGGAUCUGCUCCGCCAGCAAAAAGAUAAUCUGAGUCUCAUUCGAGACCACACUUCUGUGCUACGGCGUCUCCAGCGAAUCCUCGCCCGCCGCCCUCCUCCGGAAAACGAAGGAGCCGCUUCUUCGACAACCCAGGAGGCCUCAAAUCAUCCAGAGACACCCCAACAAAGCCUCGCGUUUGCGCCCUGUACCUUUUCUACUCCUGCUUCCUCUUUGUCUUCGUCGUCUUGCUCUGUUUCGUCUCCUUCCUCUCUACCGUCUCCUUCCUUUUCUUCCUCUGUUUCGCCUCUUUCUUCGUAUUCCUCUUCUCUUCGUGCCACGGGUUCAGCUGACGUGUUGUCUCGUUAUACCCGUUCUUCGCUGUUUUCUGCGUCUUCCGGCGUGAGCCGUGGCGCGCUUUUGAAACAAGCCGAACAGUUGAAUGGCCAACUGAGGCAUUUAUGGGACCGCGAUGCGUUCUUAGUGAAGCAGGAAAAAAGUCUUUUUUCUUCCUUUCUCCCUCAGUCGCUCAGAGUUAUUUCUGCCCGAGUCAGGCAGGAGCCGACGGCGACGACCAGGGCGUCCCUGUUUUCGCGUUUUCUACAAGCCAAAUCCGGAGGCUUUACAUUCAUGCUCCCCCGCCUCUCUUCCUCUUCUUCCUCCUCGUCCUCUUCUUCCUCCUCUUCUUCCUCCUCGUCCUCUUCUUCCUCCUCUUCUUCCUCCUCGUCCUCUUCUUCCGCUUCUUAUCGCUUGUCUUUGAACACUGAUUUGCGAGGAAGAGGCGGAACUGAGUCGAGCCGAAUGGUUUCGCGUUUGAGUCAGCGGCGCGUUCAACUCGGCUUUGCCUAUCGGGUGAAACUGCCUUGUCGCGUUGGCCUGCGCGUCGGAAUCGCGUGCAUGGGGUUCUACACUCUCGAAAGUGCCCUUUUCGGCCUCCUCGAACGGGAAAGUGGCUCCACGCCGUUCACGCGCCUCGCAGACUGGUGGUUAUCGUCGCUCUAUCUGUACGGAAUCUCCGGGCACACGCUCGACUUUCGCGCGCCGUCUCGAGUGUCUUCUCAUGACUCCCUACCGGUCUCUGUGCUCUCCCGGUUGUCUUUCCACAACGCCAAACUCGGGCGUCUUUGUGCGGACAUGGCAAAGCGCGUGAGUCGGGUUUCGGCGAUGUGCCACUCUGUAGUGACCAAGAACUCGACCUUCUUCGUUUUCUUCUUUUACCGCGCAUUGUUCGAUCUCCUGAGCUACUCGUGGCAGCUCCACUCCUGGGGAUGA